AUGGAUCAUAAUGAUGAGCUUGGGAAUUCUGUACUAUACACAGCCGUUGAAAUAAAAGUGGAAACUUUCGAAAACAAGUCACUCCUUGCAUUCACCUGCCUGCACGACACUAUAUCUCUGGUUCGCAAUACUCUGGACACUUUGUGCUCACAACUCUUCCUCUCAAACUACCUUCUGGCCUUCGCGGAGACUGAAGAUGGUGGAGUCUGCAAGGAGAUAAUAUCACACCCAGCGCUCUUCCAACUGUUGCAUAACGAAGAGACUGAGAAAACGGAAUCUCUUCUGGACGCGUCGUUGAGGUCUGCAGGCGCCGGAGACACUGCAUCCCAUUCGGCAUUUCUUUUAAAAAACCUCUUUUUACAGAACGCGCACUUAGCUGCGGGAUGCAUCUAUGGGGAGAAAAUUCCGGCCUCAUGGGUGCGAUACGAGAUUUUCCUCCAAGUAUGCACUACCCUCGGUAAAAAUGAUGGCAUUGACUUCGCUCAGAUUCGUACCCUCUCUGACCAGUUGGGCGUGAGUGAAGAGGUUAACGAAAAGCUGGCGAACGACCUCAACUACGUCCUCCUCCUAAAUGCUCUGCUGCGUAUUCUCAUGAAAUGGCGAACUUUAAAGGAGGCCAGCGUUGGAGAACUGGUAGAAGCCUUCCGCAAAAUUAACCAAUAUUCUAUUGCAACACAGAUUAUUGAACAGCUUCCGGUGUUUAUUCUUCGUGAUGACGGUUGCGGAACUGAACAACAGGCCAAUUAG